AUAGUCGCGCAUCAGUCAGCCAUUGACUCCCUGCGAAAUGCGCCAUUUUGUCUGACUAUCGGCGACAGUUAAGCAGCUAAACGAUAUUCCCGGACAUCUGUCUAUUUUUGCCGAAAUGGCAGUGUGAAAGUGUGCAGCGACCCAGCAGCAGCCAACAAAACAGUGCAUCCAACCAGUGCACUGAAUUACUUCAAAUUCAGCGAAAAUGACGUCCCACGUGGAAAGCCUCAGCACUGCUGCACACGACAGCAACAAAGAGUUUGGCACCCUCCGAACAUUGUCACGUACUCCUCUUGUGACCAACAACAGCCACUAUGACCAUGAUGAUGACAAACUCACUGUUUGGCCUGGAAGACAUGGAGGCCCUUCUAUGGGAGCCUUCCUUUCCCAUGGCUGACGCCGUGGGCUCCGUUGCAGUUCACCCUGAUCAAGAGGACCAUCGCAAAGGAGGACGAACCUCAACGGAUGGAGCCGCAGCUCCAAUGUCACCAUUCAACUCCUCAUUUGUUUCUUCUUCCUCCUCUCCCCCUCCUUUCUAUUCACCCCCUCAUUCACCGCAAACUGUCCUGCUGGGGAAAACUGGGAUUUCAUCUGACCCGUUCCCCUUUUUGGCCCGAUCUGGGCAGUUGAGAGAUACAGAGCUGGUCUCAGCUGACGGCAAAGAUGACAUGUUUGGGACCCUGGACUGGAUGGCUGAAAGGGUGGACCUGGGUGACCUUGACCUGGAUUCUCUGAUCGGCGAUUGCAGUCCUAAUGAAGAGUCUUCCAGAGAUCCAAAUGAUAUCCUGGCCUCUCUCGAUUUCCCCGAUGAGCUCAACUCUCUCCCUAUCACCACUCUAUCAAGUCUAGCUCCUCCAUCAGAUAUUCCUCAGUCCCCUUUCGGUUCUGAUCCAGAUGUCUCGGCAGAACCAACAUCAUCCCACAAUGAUGCAUGCGAUGUUCCCUCCCCUUUCAUCCCAGAACCCCAAGAGGAGCUGGAAAUUAAAUCUGAACCAACCUCUGACCUCCCAAGUCCUUGCUCCCCGUGUGAUGACACUCCUGCCUCCUCGCCUACAUACACCCUUGACUUAGGCAGUGAAGUGGAUGUUCCCAUGGACGAAGUGAAGCCAGAAGCUACCGUGGUGCCUCAGGUCCAAAGAAUUGUGCUUUCUCUUUCACCAACGCGAAUUGUCCUUGUGCUUGCUCCAAAAGAUGGCAGUGGAGUUACUGCAUCCACGCGGUCCAACGUUAGUCAUUCCUCUUCCCCAGCAAAGUCCUCAAGAGCCAGACCAUACCCUGAUCCCAAACAAAAAGAAACCCCGCUCUCACCCACUGUCAAAGUGAAGUCUUCCCCAGGUAUGAAUGAAAGAGAAACACUGAAGGCGCCAAAGAACAGAAAAUUGAAAAAAAUGGAGCAGAAUAAGACAGCGGCCACUCGUUACCGGCAGAAAAAAAGGGCAGAGCAGGAUGCCCUGCUAACUGAGCACUCCAUGCUGGAGAGGAAGAACGUGGAGCUACAGGAGAAGUCUGAAUCUAUGGCGAGAGAGAUCGAGUACCUUAAAGAGCUCAUGGAGGAAGUUCGUGUGGCAAGGUUGAAGAGUGGACUUUGAGCACUGACAGGAUGUAGAAUCGAGUGUCUGAGCAGUCAUAUGCUCAUUGUUUUUGUCUCAUGUAGAAUUAAUCUUACCUGUAUGGUGAUUUGCGCACAAAUCCUGUAUUCAAAGUAUAGCACAUGCUGAGUAUCUCCUAACAUUUAUUAUUCAAAUGUAUUCCAAGAGUAGCUUUUGGUAAAUUCUGCAACAUGUUCUGUUUUGCAUGUCUCUCUGGACCUCAGUUUCUUUUUAGGUGGUCCUUUAAACUGUGUAUCACUAAAUAAAACCACCUGUAUUAUGUCUAAAGAUGA